GGCCACGCCCACCCAGCUCAUCAUUUCCCUCUCCAGGGCAGGGCGGGGGCGGCCGGCUUCAUCAAUCGCCACAAGCCUCCCCGACGCGGCGCUCCUCGCCUUCCUCCUCCUCCCUUCCUUCCCACAAGCCGCCUCCUCUUCUCCGCAUCGCAGUCCUUCUCGCGUCGUCUCGCCACGUCGGAACCCUAGCGGAUCGCCAUUUUCCGCGCCGCCAUGGACGACUUCGCGCGCGCGGUGGAGGACGGGCUCAAGCUCUCCAAGCGGCUCGUGCUCCCGGGCGGGGUGCCCCCGCCGCGCCCGCCCGCGGGGAUGGACCGUACCGUGUCGGCCGCGUCCGCCGCCGGGCCCGACCCGCGGCUGCUCCCGACGGCGCCCACGGCGUACGCGGUGGUCACCGACCCGGGCGCCGUCGACACACCCGACGUGCCCAGCUACCAGCCCUACGUCUACGGCCGCCUCGAACCGCCCGCGCUCAUCCCGCUGCAGAUGAAGGAGGUCGACCUCGCCGUCGACUGCGCGCUCGACGCCGCGCACGUCACCCUGCGCGCGCGCUGGUGGCUGCACUGCAUCACGCGAAGCCGCGAGUGCGACGUGCGCAUCGUUGUGCCCAUGGGCGAGCAGGGUUCAAUUCUAGGCGCUGAGGUUACCAUUGGAAGACGAUCGUACAAUACUCAAGUAAUCGACGUAGAAGACCACACUGUGCAUCAUGGACAAAUUCAGAGUGGCGGUCUUUUGAAGCCCCAAUUGUUUUUCUUGACAAUACCUCAGGUUGAGGGUGGAGCAGAUAUAUAUGCUACAUUUCGAUGGUCUCAGAAGUUACUAUAUGACAAUGGAUGCUUUUCUGUUGACAUACCUUUCCGUUUUCCUUAUUUUGUCAACCCACUACCAAAAGUGUUCAUGAAGAGGGAAAAAAUUCAGUUAACUGUGAAUAGUGGUUUCAGUAAAGAGGUUUUAUUGCAAGGAACAAGCCACCCAUUGAAGGAAAAGAGUAGGCAAGGUGAUAAAUUGUCUUUCCUGCAUGAAGGUGUUGUUGAGAAUUGGUCAAGCAAAGAUUUCAACUUUUCAUACAGUGUUUACUCAGCUGAUCUGUCUGGUGGUGUGCUCGUGCAACCCGCAACGUUACGUGACUAUGAUGACAGAGAUAGUUUCUGCAUUUUUCUUCUACCUGGUAGUGGCAGCAGAAAGGUCUUCAGAAAAGCAGUCGUGUUUAUUGUUGACACAAGUGGAAGCAUGCAAGGAAAGCCUCUUGAGAAUGUCAAGAAUGCGGUGUCUACUGCUCUUUCAGAGCUUGUGCAAGGGGAUUACUUCAAUAUUAUAACAUUUAAUGAUGAGCUUCACUCAUUCUCUUCAUGUUUAGAGCAAGUAAAUGAAAAAACGAUAGCAAGCGCUACUGAUUGGAUGAACUCAAACUUUGUUGCUGAGGGCGGUACAGAUAUUAUGCAUCCUUUGAGUGAGGCAAUGGCUUUACUAUCAAGUGUCCAUGAUGCACUUCCACAAAUAUAUCUCAUGACUGAUGGUUCAGUUGAGGACGAACAUAACAUCUGCCAAACUAUGAAAACGGAGAUUAUCAAUAGAGGAUCUAAAUCUCCCCGCAUUUCUACUUUUGGACUAGGAUCGCAUUGCAACCACUAUUUCUUGCGCAUGCUAGCGUCAAUUGGCAAGGGACAUUAUGAUGCUGCACUUGAGACAGCAUCAAUUGAGAGCCGGAUUCUUAAGUGGUUUGCAGGAGCAUCAAAUACAAUUGUGGCAAACAUCUCUAUUGAUGCUAUAACACAUCUUGAUGAAUUCGAAGUGGACUCUGAGUACAUACCAGACCUUUCAGUGAAAUAUCCUUUAUGUGUAUCUGGAAAAUACCAUGGCAAAUUCCCAGACACAGUUAUAGCUAAAGGUUACUUGGCUGACAUGAAGGAAAUCUCGAUUGAACUGAAGGUCCAACAUCUAAAGGAAAUACCUCUUGACAAAGUGUUGGCUACACAACAGAUUAGUCUUUUGACAUCAAAGGCGUGGCUUUCUGCAGACAAACAACUGGAGAGAAAGGUGAUAAAAUUAAGCAUACAAAAUAGUAUUCCGUCGGAGUACACAGAGAUGGUCUUACUUCAAACCAAUCUGGAUAAAGUAGAUGCAACACAAAAGGUUAAGCAGAAACUAAAAGGACAGAAAGGCCCAGAUGAGAUACGUAUCCCUCUUGAUGGCCUAAAACUGGGAUUCGGUGACAAAGGAGCUACGAGAGAAAAUCUUAUCACAGGAUAUGGAGACGUAAGGCCGCCAGAGAAGUCAGUGAUAAUGCAAAAGGCUAGCGGCUGCUGCAGCCGACUGGCGGACUGCAUCUGCUGCAUGUGCUGCAUCAAGGCGUGCAACAGGAUGAACGACCAGUGCGCCAUUGUAAUGGCGCAGAUCUGCGCGGCGCUCUCGUGCCUCGGCUGCUACGAGUGCUGCGCGGAGGUGUGCUGUGGAGGAUCGGAGUCGUAGUAGGAAAACCGGGGUGUUGUGUUUUGUGUUUGUGUGGAGGAUUGGAGAUCUGGAGUGUACAUAAUAGAGUUCGUGGAAGCCUGGGUGGUCAAAUACUAUGUAUAUCAGCUUUGAUCAAAGACGAUCAGUCUCGGUUGUACAUUAUCCUUGUCAAAACGUGGAACUCGGACUGGUCAAAAUGCUCCUGUUCUUUAGGUGCCCAA